AUGUACAAAGAUGUUCGAUCUGCAGUUGAUAUGUGCCAUCGUGAUGGAACUUUAAAGCAAAUGGUAGCAAAAGAUCCUAAGAAGUACAUCAAUGAGGAUAAGUCUAUAGUUCCAAUGCUCAAAAUGCUCAGAGAUUCUCAACGUGCAACGUUCUUGGUAACAAAUAGUUUAUGGGACUAUACGAACAUUGUGAUGAAUUUUCUCUGCGAGUCCCAUACCUUGGAUGCUUGCAACUUUGAUUGGCUUCAGUACUUCAAUGUUAUCAUCACUGGCAGUGCAAAACCAGGAUUUUUCCAUGAAGAAAGUAAUGCUAAUCUUUUUGAGGUUGAACCCGAAUCUGGGAAGCUAAUCAAUACUGAUAAUGGAACUCCUAUGGCUCAGGUUGGAAAUACUUCACCUAUCAUCACACUGAAGAAGCAAAAUAAGCAUUGCAAGGUUUUCCAGGGAGGGACUGUGCGUCAUCUGCAUAAGCUGCUCUCAAUUGAGUCAAGUUCACAGGUUCUGUAUGUUGGGGAUCAUAUCUAUGGAGAUAUUUUACGCAGCAAAAAAGUUCUUGGUUGGAGAACAAUGCUUGUUGUUCCAGAGCUUGAGACAGAGGUUAAACUGCUUUGGGAACUAAGGGACUCACGUAAGGCUCUUCAAUUGAUGAGACGCAACCGUGAUCACAUUGAAGAUCAAAUACAUCGUCUAAAGUGGUCUCUUGACGUCGAAGAUCUUAAUUUUGAUCAGAAGAAGGAGAAGUCUGCUUUCGUAGAGGAUUUGGAGCUCCAAAGGGAUCAAGUAAGAAUCAAACAUCAACAAUCUCAACGAGAAUGUCACCAAAAGUUUCACAAGGUCUGGGGACAACUCAUGAAGACUGGCUACCAAAACUCUCGCUUUGCGCAUCAGGUUGAAAGAUUUGCCUGCCUUUAUACCAGCCAAGUAUCCAACUUAAGUCUGUACUCUCCAAACAAAUACUAUAGACCCAGUGAAGACUUUAUGCCGCAUGAAUUCAAUAUUCUUCCCAUGUGA